AUGAGCAUAGAACCAAACAUCGACAAGAAAUUCCAUCGCGCAGUAGACAUAGUCCAGAGUCUCCCAAAAGGGGGUCCAAUACAGACCACUUACGAGGAGAAAUUAUGGCUCUACUCUCUCUACAAACAGGCCACCGAAGGAGACAUUAAGAUUCCUCGUCCUGGAAUGCUCGAUCUUCUCGGGAAAGCCAAAUGGGAUUCCUGGCAUAAGCAGGAGGGUAUAACCAAGACUGAGGCCAAAGCGCACUACGUCGAGGCUCUCUGUAAGAUUUUAGAAAGGAACGGCGGCGAAGAGGGGGUCGAAGGGUUUCUGUCAGAGCUGGAGGGGAUGUCGGGUCUUGGACGGUUUAGAGAUAUGGCUCCCAGGCCGGCAUCCCCAGCAUCAUCGACUUCAUCUUAUCACUCAUCCCAAGCCUCUCCGCCUCUGUCUCCAGGUCAUCCCCCUCGGGCACCUCGAGACCAGAACCAAGCCAUCUCCCUUGAGCCUUCUUCGAUGGACCCCCAAGGUGUAUUCCUCCCGCCGGACCCGCUGCUUCCACCUCCCGAUGUGGGACCCUCUUUUGUCCCUCCCUCGGCAUUGACCUCGUCACACCGUUCUCUACUAUCUCUCUCACAGGAGCAAGAAGCAGCUGACACCUAUCAACCCCUGCAUCUUCCUCCGAGACCGGUGCCCUACGUAGGAUCUAGGGCUCAGAGUUCGCGAGGCGAUCCGCAAGACUCGAGGGUAGUCAAAGACCUGCUGGGAGAAAGUGGGCCAGGAUCAGUGCAGUCCUUCAGGCAGAGACAGGGGUAUGAUCGCCCUGUUGCUCUUGACCCGAGGGCAGGAUCUCGUUUAGCCAGUCCCUCAAUCCCACCGCCCCUUCCGCGCGAUUAUGUGCACACACCUGAAAUGCAGGGUUCCCCUUUCGCAGGCUUGGGGUUCGACGGCACACCCAUCUACCAAAGUCAAAGACCGCCAGGUCCCGGAUCUGCAUCCACCUACGGCCCUCCACCACCUCUCAAUAUCUCUUAUGCCUUGCAGCAGAUCCAAACAUCUCUCGCUGCCUUGCAUGAGCGGCUCUCCACCCUCGAACGCACACAAUGGAUGAUCCUUCGGAGUGACGGGAGGAAGAAGAGCUGGCUGUGGUGGUCGACGGAAGGAGAUGAUCUGGAUCAAGCUGAGGCGGAGGCAGAGAGGGAACGGUGGGGGUUUACGACCGUUACGAGGCAAAAACACAGCAAGAAGCCCCUCUCUUCGAGAGUCAUUUGGUUCUUGCUCAAGGCGCUUAGAAGAGUCCUUGUAGACGCCGGUGUAGGGGCAGUCUUGAUCUUCAUAGUCUGGAUUAUGCUCAAUGGAGGAGUGAGGAGGGCGAGGGUUCUGCUGGGGCUGAUCAAGAUGAGGGCGAGGAGGCUGAUCACGGGUGGGCGGUAG